AUUAAACACCCAAACAUUUUAUUUAUAUUUUCUUCUUCCCAUAAUAGCUUACUGUCCAAUCCACGGCUCCACCUCUCUGCAACUCUUAAAACUUGAACUCUAGGACGCAAAGAGACACCAGCCACAAAACCCAAGUGGCAAAGUGUCCCUUUCUAGUGAGACAGAUGUUUUUGAUACAAAGCAUUAGUCUUUACAUACAUCUGGAUUUGUGUGUGUGCUUGUAUCAUUGCUUGUAUAGUGUGUGAAUUUUGCAGUUGUUGAUUCUUGCUCUGUUUUGAUUUCUCUUUUCUAUAUUCCUUUGCUUUAAAUUUGUGCAAAUAGAGGUUUCUGGGUGUUUAUUUGGUGUUAAUUUUGAAGUGAAGGAGGGCUCUUUUGGAUCUGGCUCGGAGUCAAUUCAGUGCAUUGACUCGGGAUUUGAUUUGGCUCAAAGUGUAAAUUUAUCAUAAUGACUUGGAAGAGUAAAGGAGUAGAUGCAUCUGUAAAGAGUGUGGUGUCAAAGAAAUGGAGCCUUCUGCUUUGUAUUGGUUGCUUCUGUGGUGGGAUGCUAUUCUCGGACAGAAUAUGGGCUGUGCCUGAAAUUGAAGGUAUGUCAAGGACAACAAGGUUUGAAGAUGAAAAGUUGAAGCUACUUUCAGAGGGAUGUGCCCCAGAAACUAAGGAUGUAAAGCCCGAAUCCAAGGACAUCAUGGGAGAAGUUUCAAAGACACAUCAAGCUAUCCAAACUCUGGAUAAAACAAUAUCAAAUUUGGAAAUGGAGUUAGCUGCUGCAAGGGCUGUGCAGGAAUCCAUGCUAAAUGGUUCACCAGUAUCAAACAAUUUGAAAAUCACUCAAUCAAGUAGGAAAAGAAAGUAUUUAAUGGUUGUAGGCAUAAAUACUGCUUUUAGCAGCAGAAAGCGAAGAGAUUCAGUUCGUGCUACUUGGAUGCCUCAAGGCGACAAAAGAAAGAAGCUUGAGGAAGAGAAGGGCAUCAUAAUUCGCUUUGUAAUAGGUCACAGUGCCACAGCAGGUGGUAUUCUUGACAGAGCUAUUGAAGCAGAAGAUAAGAAGCAUGGUGACUUCUUGAGACUGGAGCAUGUUGAGGGUUACCUUGAAUUGUCUGCAAAAACAAAGACAUACUUUGCUACUGCUGUUGCUACGUGGGAUGCGGAUUUUUAUGUCAAAGUUGAUGAUGAUGUGCAUGUAAAUAUAGCCACACUUGGAGCAACUUUAGCUAGGCAUCUGUCAAAACCCAGAGUUUAUAUAGGAUGUAUGAAGUCUGGUCCAGUCCUUGCUCAAAAGGGAGUGAAAUACCAUGAGCCUGAGUAUUGGAAAUUUGGGGAAGAGGGAAACAAAUAUUUUCGUCAUGCUACAGGCCAGCUGUAUGCUAUUUCAAAUGAUUUGGCUGCUUACAUAUCAAUCAACCAGCAUGUGCUACACAAGUAUGCUAAUGAGGAUGUUUCAUUGGGGUCAUGGUUUAUUGGAUUGGAUAUAGAGCAUAUUGAUGAGCGGAGACUCUGUUGUGGUACUCCACCUGAUUGUGAGUGGAAGGCUCAGGCGGGUAACCUCUGUGUAGCUUCAUUUGAUUGGAGCUGUAGUGGGAUUUGCAAGUCUGUGGAGAGAAUCAAGGAGGUUCACCGGCGUUGCGGUGAAGGCGAGAAUGCUUUGUCGAGUGCAGAAUUCUGACAAAUAACUUUCUUCCAAAUUCAGGAGGAAGCAAGCAGAAGGCUUGAGACAGUUAUGGGAUUUGAAUGUAGAGAAAAGCGGAGAGUCAAAAUGUAAACUGAGAAGUGUUGGGGACAGGGCCACAGGGGGAGGGGAUCUUGCUAUUGUGAUUCUGCUCCAUUUUAGGCCAGCAGUAGCAAUUUUAAGAGGAUAUUGUAAUUAUUUAUUCUUUAUGAAUGGAUAAAUAAUCUUAAAUUUUUUUGGGCAA